AGUCGUCCUCUCGUGAUCCAAAAGGACAGGUGUUCCACAACACACACACAAACACAGAUCUAAAAGGGAAGAAAAAAACACAGCUAUUUUAUAAUAAUCUGUUAAAUAUUAUCAGUUUCUCCGAUCAUCAAAAAUCAAAAUCUAAAAUAUGUCGUCAUCAACAUUCAGCGGUGAUGAAACCGCCCCCUUCUUCGGUUUCCUCGGCGCAGCUGCUGCCCUUGUCUUCUCAUGUAUGGGGGCUGCAUAUGGGACAGCAAAGAGUGGUGUGGGAGUGGCAUCAAUGGGUGUGAUGAGGCCUGAGCUUGUAAUGAAGUCAAUUGUGCCAGUUGUUAUGGCUGGUGUGCUUGGUAUUUAUGGUUUGAUUAUUGCUGUUAUUAUUAGUACCGGUAUUAACCCGAAGGCCAAAUCGUAUUAUUUGUUUGAUGGGUAUGCACAUCUUUCGUCCGGUUUGGCUUGUGGGCUUGCUGGUUUGUCUGCUGGAAUGGCUAUUGGUAUUGUUGGUGAUGCUGGUGUUAGGGCAAACGCACAACAGCCAAAACUUUUUGUGGGUAUGAUUCUUAUCCUCAUCUUUGCUGAAGCUCUGGCCCUAUAUGGUCUCAUUGUUGGUAUCAUCUUAUCUUCCCGUGCCGGUCAAUCCAGAGCAGAUUAAGAUAAUGGUUUGGACAUUGAACUGAGGACUUGUUUCUUUCUAUAUAUGUUUGUUAUUUGUCCUGAUAAAUUGAGAUCAUGUUUUUGCUUUCUUUUGAGUUUUUUCCAGCUUCUGAACAUCAUUUAUUGUAUUACCCUAAAAUUUCUUGAAGCAAUUGUUUGCGGUCUCA